AUGUUAAUUGAGCAGCCGUACGCAUGGGAUAACCCUCUCCGAGGAAAACAAUGCAAUGAAAUCAAAGACGUGAACUUUCGCGAUCCCAAAUACGGCCGAACUCCCUUGUUUUGGGCCGCCGAGGAUAAUCAGACCAAAACAAUCAAGUUUCUCCUCGAAUCGAAAGCCGAUGCCAAUGCCCGAGAUUGUCAUGGUCGAACUUCGUUGUUUUGGGCCGCUAAGAACAAUCAUUUCCUUGCGGUCAAGCUUCUUCUCGAAUCGAAUGCUGACGUCGAUGCCCGGGACCACCAUGACCAGACGCCGCUGUUUUGGGCCGUGGACGAGGAUCAAAUCAAUUCGAUCCAGGUGCUUCUCAAAUGGAAUGCAGAUGUCGAUGCUCGUGAUCAGCAGGGUCAAACACCAUUAUUCUGGGCUGCUCAACGCGGCAAAGUCGGUGCGAUCAAGCUUCUCGGUAAGCGAGGUGCUGAUCUCAAUGCUCGCGACGACGAAGGUCGAACCGCCCUGAUCUUGGCGACCCAGGGCUUUUGUCGUGAGGCUGUCAGCUCUUUACUGGUGGCAGGGGCCAACCCUGAUAUCCAAGACAAAGGCGACGGUCGGACUCCAUUGUCCUGGGCAGCGGAGACAGGCUAUGAGGAGAUGGUGAAGAUAAUGUUGGAGGGCAACGCCACGGUCGACGCAGCAGAUGAAUCUCGUCGAACUCCAUUGAUGUGGGCCGCGAUGAAGGGCCAUGCUAAAGCUGUUAUGAUUCUUCUACAAAAGAACGCAAACGCUAAGUUGGAAGACAUUGACAAUCGGACAGCGCUUUCAUGGGCUACGGAACAUGGACACAAGCAUGUCAUUCAAUUGUUGGAGAGACAUUUUGCUCAGGAGAAAGAAAAUACCCUACCUCUCCGUCCGACAUCAAAUAUCUCUAGUAUUGAUGCAUUGCAAGACUCAUCUCUGACUGGAACAUCCUCCGAGGACCUCAUUCACCUUGGUAGCCUGUUGUUAUCGGCAAUCGAGGACAACAAUGAGGAUGAAGCCCAACGUCUCAUCCGAGAAGGGGCUAGCUUGAAUUCACAAGACGACAACGGAAUGAUAGCGCUUUCCAAUGCCGCAAGGCUUGGACAGUUGAACACAGUAAAACUUCUGCUGUCAAGGGGCGCAGAUGUGGACCCAGUGGACGCUUUCGCUCGGACCCCCCUGUCGUGGGCCGCAGAAGAAGGGCAUUCUGACGUGAUUAAAGCUCUUAUCGAGAAGGGCGCCGAUGUGGAUCUCGGUGAUGAGGAGGAUAUGACACCCCUUUCAUUUGCAGCUUCCUGGGGACAUGACACCGUCGUCGCUAUCCUGCUAGACGCGGGGGCAGAUCCUGAUGUGGAAGACCAAAACGGCGAUACCGCAAUAUCGCUCGCAGCGGACGCAGAAGAGUUCUCAACAGUGACUUUACUAUUAGAGAGGGGUGCUCUGCCAGAUGGACAUUGCGAUACGUCGCCGUUACAGUGCGCCACAGCUGCUAGCAACACGGCACUGGUCAAGUUAUUGCUUGCGAAAGGUGCGGAUCCGUAUUCUGAUGCAUAUAGCAUUAGUGAGCAUCCCCCCUUGGUCGUUGCAGCAGAAAGGGGCCACGAGGUGAUCAUGAAGCUGCUGUUAGAAUGCGACAUCGGAUCGUAUAAAACCAAAAAGGAGCAUUUUCGAAGAGCUUUGACGGAAGCUUCUUCACAAGGCCAUGUUGGAGUUGUACGCAUGUUGCUCGAUCAGAACCCUUUUGAUGGGAUUGAAAACGUCAACUUAGAAUCAGAUGCGCUCUAUUGCGCUGAGUCUGAGAGUUUCGACGAAAUUGCGCGUCUCUUACGGCCUCAUUUUGAGACUAAGCAUUCCGCCUUUGAGUCAUGCGAGUAA